CCUUACAUUUUAAAUUUAUGACCACACACACCCGUAUUGGAUAUAUUCCUCUAUAUUAUUAAAUAUAAAAGAGGUAAGCAUCUUUUUAUCUCAGUGUUGAAGGAAGGGUCUGUGUGAGAGAGGCAUAAUGGAUUACUAUACACUUGUGUUGGGAUCAAUCUUUGCCUUGAGUUUUCUUUAUACUCUAGCAAAAUUAUGCAGCAGAGGCAACAAAAAACUUCCACCAGGGCCAUCACCAUGGCCAAUUAUUGGAAACCUUCACCUGUUAGGUGCAAAACCCCAUAUAUCACUGGCCAAUCUUGCGAAAAUCUAUGGUCCAAUUAUGAGUUUAAAAUUAGGCCAAAUAACUACAGUUGUCAUUUCUUCUUCAACCAUUGCAAAACAAGUCCUCAAACAUCAAGAUCAAGUUUUUUCAGGUAGAUUUGUCCCUGAUGCCCUUCAAGCACACAACCAUUGCAAAUUCUCUGUGGCAUGGCUUCCUGUUUGUCCUCAAUGGAGAACGCUUCGAAGAAUAUUGAAUACAAAUAUCUUCUCUUCCAAUAGGCUUGAUGCAAAUCAACAUCUAAGAUCUCAAAAGGUGAAAGAAUUGAUUGCUUAUUGUACAAAAUGUAGUCAAGAAGGUGCAGCUUUGGAUGUAGGUCAAGCUGCUUUCAAGACUAAUCUCAAUUUCUUGUCCAACAUCCUUUUCUCUAAGGAUUUGGCUGAUCCUUUUUCGGAUUCAAAGGUGGAGUUGAAGGACGUUAUUUGGGGUAUCAUGGCUGAGGUAGGGAAGCCUAACCUAGUAGAUUUUUUCCCCAUACUUGAAAAGAUUGAUCUUCAAGGAAUAAGGCGACGCACAGCUAUUCUUUUUGGUAAAUUGUUUAAACUUUUUGAUGGUUUGAUUAAUGAACGAUUAGAGGGAAAGAGAAGGUUUCAUGGUAAAAGAAGUGAUGUUUUGGAAGCAUUUCUCAAUAUUAGCGAAGAAAAUCCUGAAGAGAUCGAUCACAAUCACAUCAAGUCCAUGUUCCUGGACUUAUUUAGUGCGGGUACGGAUACAACUACAAGCACAUUGGAAUGGGCAAUGGCAGAAACACUUAGACAACCUCGGAUUAUGAAGAAAGCUCAAGCUGAACUUGCAAAAAUCACUGGAAAAGGAAAACGAAUAGAAGAAACUGACAUUUCCCGACUCUCUUACUUGCAAUGUAUUAUCAAAGAAACCUUAAGAAUGCACCCACCAGUUCCGUUCUUACUGCCCCGUAGAGUGGAACAAGAUGUUGAAUUGUGUGACUACAUUAUCCCAAAAGGUUCACAGGUACUAGUUAACGUGUGGGCAAUUGGUCGAGAUUCUACUUUUUGGGAGGACCCUUUAGUGUUUAAACCCGAGAGGUUUUGGAGUUCAGAUUUGGACAUGCGAGGAAAAGAUUUUGAGUUGAUUCCAUUUGGUGUUGGUCGAAGAAUAUGCCCUGGCUUGCCACUGGCAUUGAGAAUGGUUCCAGUAAUAUUGGGCUCACUCUUGAAUUCCUUCAAUUGGAAACUUGAGGCAGACAUUGGACCAAAUGAAUUAGACAUGGAGGAGAAAUUUGGUUUCACCUUAGCCAAAGCCCUUCCUUUGCGAGUCAUCCCAUCUCCUCUUUGAAGUUGCCUAGUCAAUAAAUAUUUAUUUGUAUUUGGUGUUUACACUGAACCAAACAUUUUAGUCUUAAUAUAUAGUAUUACUUAAUCAUGAUUAAGUGAUACAUAUGCGUAUGGAACAUAUA